AAAUAACGGUAAGUGAUCACUUUUAUUGAUUUCUUUUUAUUAAAAGUGUUAACAUAAUAUUUUAUUUUGCAAAAGUUUGUUUUUUCCCUAUCUACUCCUUAUUAAAAUCGUGAAAAGCACUGACUGGAGUUUCGGAUACUCAUAUAUUAAAAAACAAAGCAGCGAAUGAUAUAAAUUCCUCAAAAUGUAACUCUUGCAUAAAAAAAAACAUGAAUACUUCUAUAAUAUGUAUAGUUUUUUCCUCUGCAUGAUCAAAAAAUUUAAUAAAAUAGUGAGUUAAUAUAACUUUCUAUAGUUGAUAGACUGAAUGUAUCGGCGUGACACAAUUUGCCGCCUGUUUCUUCUCUGUACUAUCUCUUCUCUGUGAUUAUACUAAGCGAAAGCUGCGAAGCAAAGAUAUAAAAUUAUGGCGGAAAUUGAAGAGGUAUUGGACAUCAGUUCCAGUCUCGUUCUAUUUUCUUCUGCGCGGCCAACACGUGGCUGACGUCAUACGUGCAAGGAGCGUGCAGAAAUUUCGUGUAUAUAUACAUAUAUAUAUAUAUAUAUAUAUAUAUAUAUAUAUAUAUAUAUAUAUAUAUAUAUAUAUAUAUAUAUAUAUAUAUAUAUAUAUAUAUAUAUAUAUAUAUAUAUAUAUAUAUAUACUGUAAGUAGUAUAGCUCCUUCUGGUGACCAGUAUUCCCGCCAAGAUUAACAACUGGUUGUAUUGUGUUGUAAACAAUGCACUAGCCAUACAUUGGCAAUACUUCUUUCAACUUAACGGGUAGUCAAUUUUCUUAAACAAGUUUGGAAAAUAUUAACGGUAAAGCUGAACUACUGAAUUAAAAGGCAAAGGUAAAAGAGUUCCAUUCUGUGAUAAUAUUUUUUCUUUGUUAAUAUGUAUAUUAAAUGAAUGCAUAAAUAGUGUAUUAUAAGUCGUUAUAACUUACAAUACAAGCUAGUAGAAAUUAAUUUGCUGUUUAGCGGUUAAUAUAAAAUGCCAAUUACAAUUUAUUAUUGAUUUAAUAAAAGGGAAAACUACAAAUUUAAUUGAACAAGCAAUGAAGAAUUUUGAGCUCAGUGGAACCAUUUUUAUCUACAGCUCCAAAUAAUCGCGUACAUGUACUGUCCACUGCCAAUUUUUAUAGAUUGCAUUGUGAAAUGGUUAUGACUUAUGACAGUUAUGUCGAUUUUAUAUUUAUGUUAGUUCAUUGCCAUUAUUGACCAGCUUAAUUACAUUUAAUUUUUUUUAUGAUCAAUAUAUAUACAUUCAGUUCAUUCCCCAUUGGGACUUUUCAGUGACCGAUUACAUCGAAUAUUAUACGCUUACUUAUAUUAGCUACUUAGCCUAGACUAUUAUUUAUCUUAUAUUUACAAUUAACUGUGAUAUCACUGAUAUUACUAAUUCCUUGUUUAUCCUAACCCACUCUGUGAACUUUUUCUGUGGGAGGAAACCAGAGCGGCCGGAGAUAACCCAUGACUUUGGGCAGACUCUUUUCACAUGAGCCGGCAGCGGGAAAUUUAUGGGUUUUUUUUAAUUAAACCGUGAUAUAUUCUUCGACCAUGCCCAAAUUACCACAUGUUUAUUGCUGUUAAUUUACUACCGAAUAAUUUUGAUUUAUAAUCGCGAAGUCAUUAACAGUGGGGUCCAGAUGCUUUGCGGGACCAAGUUUUGGCGGACAUUUUGAUCAACUUUUCAAAGGUCUGACUCAAAAUUAUUGUGGAUGGGGGUGUACCCCCUCCGUUAUAACACCAUAAAAACUCGCGGCUCGUUUUCUAUAUUUCUAGAACAAUAUUUGCAUCAUUUCAUUUAAAUAAGGGUAGAUAAUUUCUUUUUCCGUUUUAAAUUCACACUAAUUACGUUAUUCUUAAUCAUUUUUCUGUUCAUAGAAAAUGAAUAAAGUCGGCCUAGUCCUCGUGCUCCUUGCUGUGCUUGUAUAUUUGGGACAUGCGCAAUACAAUGAUUUCAAACCCUUACCGGAAAGAGCAAAAGACCUGAUGAUACGACGCAUGCUCAUUGGCAAGGGAUGUCCGGAGUGCAAAGAGAUAAGAUGUCCCGGUCGAGCCAAGCAAUGUACUCGUGGAAUCCUCCGUGACGCGUGUAACUGCUGUAACAUAUGCGCCCGCAACGAGGGGGAGGUCUGUGGCGGGAAAUACUACAUUCACGGAAAAUGCGCUCAGGAGGCACAUUGUGACCUCAGGAGGGCGACCAUUGAUAACCCCGUAGGAGUAUGUGUCAACAACGAUAGGGCAAAGAAGUAAACAAAUUAAGUAAACUGACAAACUGAGUAAAUAAGUUAACAGUAGAUAAGUAAACAAAUUAGCCAUUUCUCAAAGUCCUUGGUCUACUCGCGCGAAUCCCAUGUUGGAGGGACAAGAAAUAUGGCAGCACACAUUUAAAUUAAAUGUUUACUGUAAAAAGGAGAUAUUUCAGUUUUUGGUCGUUUAAAAAGUUGAUAUUUGAUACCAUACCUGUCACUAUAUAUUUUGUCCCUCCAAACGAUCCCAGAAUGCACCGUCAUAUCUUUUGGGAAAAGGCUAAUUGGAUAGAGAAGUAAAUAAAUAAAUACGAUGGAAAAGUAAACAAAGUUUAGACUUGGUAUUUAUAAUUAAACAAGCGUACAAACUAGUGAGUAAGCAAAUAUGGACUGUAUGGACUAAUUUGUGUUAAACUGAAAAAAAAUUCAUCUUCAUCAAUUUUUAUCAACUUCAAAGUUGAUAAUCAAUCAGAGUAAAUAUAAGAAGAUAGUCAGAUAUAAGAAGAUUUUUGCAAAAAAGUCUAAAAUAAAGAUGAUGUAAGAAAAAAUGUCAUGUAAGAAAACUUGCCCCUGUAAUAUGUGCCCCGUAUACGUUUUAAUCAAAACAUAUGGCAUUAUAUAAUAACGUUAAGAAUUCAAGCGCUUUCAUUGGUCGACAGCCAUGAUCUAUUAGAGGACAGACGCACAGAAUACGUCACACAAAACCUUAUCCAAUAGCAUUUUAUAGAUCAUAUGCACAUGAUAUUUGUAAAAUUUCGACUUUUUUAAAGGUGAUCUACAGUCCGAUCUGCGCAUGUGCACAAAUGAGCCCACUUUUUAUGAUAUAAACAGUUUAACUAUGUUUUGAGUUCUUGAAAAGCCUGAUUGUUGUUUCUUGUUCAUUUAUUAUACUCUAGAAGCUUGAAAAUAUAAAUAGUUGUCGAAUAAAGCUCAAUAUUUUGGACACAAAAAUGUAAACAAAGGCUUUGUUUACAUACGGACUGUAGAUCACCUUUAAAAUUCCAAUGUUUGGGUGGAUAAAAAGUAAGCUAUUUAAAUGUUUAAUUCGGGGAUUUUCUUUUUAUUAUAUAAAGCAAAUAGAUAAGAUUCUGCCGUUGUCUUUUCAGUUAUAGAUACACAGUAUGACAUCAUAAAAUGUGGGAAAAACAAAAAAGAGACCCGCUCGCCUCGGCGACUCGUGAGCCACUUUCUGUUCCUCCCACAUUAUGACGUCAUACUGUGUAUUUAUAACCGGCAAAAUCUUAUCUAUUUGUUAAAGAGUCCUGGUCAACCACAAUGCAAUGCGUGCGUUUGUUUACGUUUCUGUUACGUUGUGGGCCAGAGGCAGCCAUUUUUGUGGCCUCGAAAAUGGCGGCAGCAAUUGAGAAAAGUAACAGAAAAACGUAAACAAAAGCGCGCAUUGCAUUGUGGUUGACUAGGACUCUUUAAAUAUUUGACAUAUUUUAUUCACAAGAUUUCUAAAAACAUACAAAUCUUUAUAUUCUAUAAUUUAAAGCGAGUUGGAAUGAAGGCUCAGUGGUCUAGUGGUAUGAUUCGCGCUUCGGGUGCGCGAGGUCGCGGGUUCGAUUCCCGCCUGAGCCCCCAUUUUUCAUUUUUAUUCCCCCGAAUUUUUUUCCAACUUUAUGUUACAAAUAUGAGCCCACUUUCAUCAAGUCUGUCUACGGAAAUAAAGUUCGAGUACACAUUGUGAAAAAAUUCGUGUUUUGUGAAAUUACAAAUUUACCCGCACGCCCAACUUUCCCAAAAUUCUGCAGGCGAGAGGUUUCAAAAAUCAGGCAUGCAGGCAAUGCUUGUUAUGAUAUAUACGAUAAAUUCAAUUGUCAAAAAUACUUAUCACUCCUUAAAUAAAUUUGAAACAUCGCUUUAUUAAUUUAAGGAAGUAUUUGGUAUACUCAGCAUAUUAAAUUUAAAGUUUUUAGAAAAAAGGUAAAAAGUUCGUAAAUCAAAAAGUGGGGGCUCAGGCGGGAAUCGAACCCGCGGCCUCUCGCACCCAAAGCGAGAAUCAUACCACUAGACCACUGAGCCAUCUCCGACAGGACACAGCAAUUUAGAGAAUUUAAGGCAGAUAAUUAACGAUUUCACAUUUGUAGGGACUUUUUAAGGAUUCGGGAGUUGAGCAUAGAUAUAGGAGUUGACUUUUAGAGCUUUUUAGCUGACUCGUCCCCAGUCGCUUCAGUAACGCGCGCGUUGAAUUACUACAAAACGCCUCGGGGCAUUCCCAUGGUCCUUUGCGUUAGAAGCAGUGUUAGGGACUGUGGAAGAGUCAGGCUUUUUAGCACCCUACACGCCCUGUUGUCACCUCUUCCCCUUUAAAGGAGAUCUACAGUCCGAUCUGCGCAUGUGCACAAAGGAGCCCACUUUUUAUGAUACAAACAGUUUAACUAUGUUUUGGGUUCUUAAAAAGCCCGAUUAUUGUUUCUUGGUCAUUUAUUACUGGCUCUAGAAGCUUGAAAAUAUAAAUAGUUGAGAGCUGUAGAGCACCUUUAAAAAUCGUCGGAAAUGCUGCAUGUUUUAUGUACUUUCUGCCGCACUAUUUUUCAUUUUGUUUUUCGUAUUGUUAGUGUACAUUGUUUUUACGUAUCUUUUAAUGAAGUUGGAUUAAAAAGGACUAUACGUAGAGCUGAAUUACAAAGAAGGUUCCAUAAUAUAACAGCACGGUUGAAGCAGGUGGAUUUAUGGGUGGUAGUUUAUAGUGGGGUUGAUUGUUUCGUGCUUUUUCGCUUUUUUCUUGAGUGUUUAAUUGAUGGCAAAGCCAAAGGCAGCUAAACUUUUACUGUUUAAUCCAUCGAUCCAUAGCAAAUAUACAUAUCCAUACACACUCCAAAAACACUUAGCCUCAGGAUAAAAUGUUCCUGCUUAACCUUGGACUGAUUUUGUCCCUACAUUAGCAAAAGGUGGCCGCACUAGACAUAGUCCCAAUUGAACAUAAUACACGCUCUGUCCUUACUCGCUUUAUCGUGUAAAGCAAUCGCUUCUCCGGAGCUGUAUCGGUCUCCCAACCUGCGAACGGGCAUGCUCUGAGUACGAGAUCGCAGCAUCCAAAAAUAGUAGGAAAAAACGAUCAUUCGAUAUGUCAAUAACAAAUGUAAAAACAUACCUGUUUUUAUAGUGUGUGCAAGUUUCUCUGUCAGAUAUCUAAGUUGGUGAAUAUGCAAUGGAAGACACUUAAAUCAAAUGAAAAUCAAAUUCUGAGGUACUUAGUAAACAAUUUGCUAGUGUUUUCACGACAGAAAAUGUCGAGAAUAUACCAACUCCAGGAAGUAACUUCACGCCUGCCAUUGGUAAUAUUGUGAUCACGGUGAAAGGAGUCGAGAAACAACUAGCAUCCUUAGAUGCAAAGAAAGCAAGUGGACCGGAUGGAAUUCCACCAUGGUUUCUAAAAGAAAAUGCAAGUCAAAUAGCACCGAUUCUGACAGAUAUCUACCAGGAAUCAGUUAGUAGCGGUAGCUUACCUGGCAAAUGGAAAGAAGCCAAUGUAUGUGCGGUAUUUAAAAAAGGGAAAAAGUGUGACCCGGGAAACUAUCGGCCGAUAUCUUUAACCUGCAUCGCUAGUAAGGUUUUAGAACACAUUGUGCAUAGCCACUUAAUGAAGCACAUGGGCGUACCGGAAGGAAAAAUUUAG